CACUGGUUAGAACUGGAAAUAUUGACAUAGGUCUGCUAAUGAUUUGAGUGGAGAGUAUUGUACGACCUGUCGCACAACAAGCGAGCGUUCUACCACUGAGCUAUAUCACUCUGUAUUUCAUCCGGACUAUUCUGAUACCGUGGAUGCGUUUCAGUUCGGAUUUCACGAUGGGUAAGAAUGGCCGCUACCUGGCGCAGACGCGGACAGACAGACGAGGGUGGUGAGACUCCGCGGAAGGAGGUGAAGUCGGGAGUGAAGAUGAAGCAGAUUCCUCGACUGGUUGUGCCCUGGCUCAAGUCAGUCUUCAGAAUCACCAGGAGACGCGUCCUGUCCGGGAGAUGUCGAGGACACGCGUCAUCCGGGUUAUUGAUAGCGGUCUUCGUGCUCUGUCUUUUGUAUCAUUUAGUUUUCAACAUUGGAAUGUGGUUUGGAAACCCGUCUGUAGUUCACUGGUGCAAGUACAAAGAGGUUCCUAGCUACCUUUUAAGAAAAGAACCUGAUGAAAUUACCUUAGUUACAGCAUACUUCAACCUUGGAACUUUAAAGACUGGGAACAAGUUUUGGGACUACAUUGCUCCAUAUAAAUACAAACAGUGGAUGAGACCUUUUGGAGUAAUAGCCAAUCGCAUGGUUGUGUUCGUGGAAGAUGACAGCAUGGUAGAAUAUUUCAGAGAAAUUAGAUCGUGCUUUCCAGAAAACCACACCGAAAUUAUUAAAGUAACAAGAUCGGAAUUGUGGUCGUUUUCAGUUCUAGACAAUGUGAGGAAGAUUUAUUCCAACUCGUCCUAUCCUAAAUUGUAUCCUAACACUGUCAGUGCAGAAUACACGUGCGUUUUGCAUUCGAAAUACGAGUUGUUACAGAGUGUCAUCGACGCAGAGGUCUUCCACUCGCCGGCGUUGGCGUGGAUUGACUCUGGAUACUUCAAAAACUUGGACGGCAUCACCACCGAACCGUUUAAACUGUUGGUUCCUUCGAAAUUUAAUACGAAAAAGGUUGGGUUUUCUCAGAUCUGGCCGCGAGACCCUUACCUUUCUCCUUCAACUGUGAUGACGAAACACGCGCUCUGGGUCUCCACGGGAUUCAUUCUGGGGCUGCCAAAAGUGUUGAAAAACUUCACACAGCAAUACAGAUCGAGCAUGGAAGAGUUCUUAGACAUGGGUCUUAUGAACACGGACAAGCAAGUGAUAUACGCAAUGUAUUCUUCGACUCAGAAGUUUAAAAAAUAUGCCAAGAUGAUAAAACCGUACACCUGCCACCAGGGACAGCUGGGUCUGUAUGGAUCGGACACUCAGUAUUAUUGUUUAGGUUUUGUGUGUAAACACAUGUGGGAUAGGAUCACUCCUUGAUGUUAGUUUUAACAACUGUCCAUUUGUUUAUGCACUGUUUGUUAUUUUUCACUUUUUACAUUUAAGUCAUUAACAUUUGAUACCGAUUUUUCUGAUGGUAGUUUUAUUUUUAUAUGUUUAACAAUAUACAAUAAAUAAGCAUUCCAUAUGAUUCUAUGUUUAUAAAUAUGUUCUAAAUUACAUUGUGUUUCCAGCCUCGGUGAGAUAAUGUAUCAUUUAUCAACCUUGAGGCUGGUAGAUACUGGGUUCGCAUCCUAGUACCGGAUCCCACCCAGAGCGAGGUUUAACAGCUCUAUGGGUAGGUAUAAGACUACUACACCGACAUAUGUCUCAUUAGCCACUAGUAACAAACCAUCAACCUCUGUCCUGAAUAGACCACCUAGGUAGCUGAAAUGUGUGUUUAGUACAGCGUGCUUGAACCUUAAUAGUAUAUAGUAACAAAAAUCAAGUUACGGUGAACUAAACUGACAUUGGACUGUUUGACAUACAACUAGUGCUUGUACCCGUACUAGUGACAUGGGCGGAUCCAUAAUUGUACACAGGGGUGGUAUAUCAAAAUUCUAAAAAGGACAUGUUUGGGUUUGACGAAGGCAAAAGAGCUGAGCUCCCAAGAGGAGAAGGACCAGGGGGUUCCGGGGGCAUAUUGAAAAAAAAGUCACCGGUAGGAGGGUCCACACACACACACACACACACACACACACACACACACACACACACACACGCACACCGACCCUCCAUUGGCCAUGCGUUGUAAUCUUCCUGUAGCACCGGUUACUAUUACAAACAAUAAUCAAGAAAAGUCUGAUCGCUGUUGUAAUUAAACAUAUAGAGAGGGCCGUGUUUACGAUGUUUCUUUGUAGUCACCAGUCCAUUUUUUAACGCUGACGAGGUUGCAGCCAAAUAUUGUGUACAUGUACAACGAAGCACUGUACAUCACGGAAAAUCAACUUUGAUUAGGCAUCAUUGACAUUGUAGUUUUAAAGGGACACAUCCUAGUUUUUAAACACUAAGACAGGCCUCGGUGGCGUCUUGGUUAAGCCAUCGUACA